GCUCGCCGCAUCGCGCGGGAAUUGCGCGCGCCGUAACCCGCUUCCAAAUUUAAACUUUCAAAUAUUUUUUUCUUAUGUGCCAGUGCUGUGAAUUAAUUGAAUUGUGUUUUUUUUUUUAAUUUUCAUAUGUUAGUUGUGGUUAGAAAGUGUUCCGCCCGAGUGGUGUAAUAAUGGAGUAAACAACGAACUUUAUCACACGGUUUUAUACGAUGUCAUAAUAAACAAACGUUAAAAGUUUAAAAAAAUGAGUGCGCGGGACUUCUACAAAGUGUACCGGAACAGAUCAGAUAGACAUAGUAAUAGAGGGUAUCUCGACAACGAUACGGAAUGUAAUGCGAACCAUUAUAAGCUAUUUGAUGACUUUAGUACGGAUCUAAGGUUAAAUUUCAACACAAUAAGCAGUGUGUUCCAUGAAGUGACGAGAUGCAGACGAGGUGAUCCCAAUGAUUCCGGUAUUGAUGUGGAGAACGGGAACCCAAUCGAUACAUCUCAUGAUAAAGAUUUGUUGGAGAACGAAGUGAUGGUAGAUCCUUGGAGCAGCAUGGACUCUUCUAACUCCCCAUUGACUGAUUCCGGACCAUCCGCCAGCGAAGACUGCACACCUUCCACAUCGAGCGAAACCCCGCGAGGUCAUCCGCACUCCUCCAGCCCGCUCUCACCCGACGCGCGUCGCCUGCCGGACACUAAAGACGCUAAUUCUAGAAAUGUAACAAAAUAUCCUUCCAAAGGAACUGACAAGACACGCGCUCGGGAUCUCACUUUAGAGCUGGAAACUCUAGAAUCCGACACUCUUCCGCGCCGGCCACAUUUUUUAGAUGACGACUACCAACCACCGUCACGAUCUAACAUCGAGUGUCGUAUCCCUAAACCACAUUUUUUGGACCAUUCGCCAUCACCCGACGAAUUUGAUGAGCGGAGCGACAUAACAAACCCAAACUUUUUAGAUGACGAAAUCGAUGGCGACGAUGGCCAUGCACAAAAGAAAUCCGGGGCAUUACCAAAACGGCCGAUGAAACCGCAGUCUUCCACUUCCACAUAUACCCCUCAAGAUGACCGACCCCAUAGGACAAAUUAUAGAACCACAUUGCAUUAUGGAUUAGAAAGCGCAGCCAGAUCAAGCGAACGAGACAAACGGGCUUCCCAGCUAUAUAGAGGUACCUGGCCUGGGGAGAGGGACGUCUGGACAGGCCAGGACUCUUCUAGUGUCAGAAGUUUUUCAAGUAACGGCUCAAAUAACUGCUCCAGACCCUCCUCAAAUUUAGAAAAUAAAAUGGAAUGCGUAUGUUCCUUGAUAUCCCUACUUAGUUUGUCGCCUGAAAAUAAUGCAGAUCUUAGUGGCCCGCUCCUAGAAAUGAGUAGGUCAGUUGAAAGUUGCAUAGCGAUGCGACAAGCUGGAUGUAUACCCUUACUAGUACAGCUAAUACACUCGAAAGUACCGAGAGAGACUCGCGACCGCGCCGCUAAGGCCCUGCGAAACAUUAUCCACACCCAAACUGAUGACAAAGCGGGGAGAAGAGAAGCGAGAGUGUGGAGAUUGCUCGAACAAGUCCGAGAAUAUUGUUACGUGUUAGAAGAUUUAGUAGACGCGAGGAAAGAAGAUAAAGAAGCAAUAGAAGACGAUGCCACUAAACAUCCCAGUCAAAGCGUUGCUGCGCUUAUGAAGCUGUCGUUUGAUGAAGAACAUAGACACGUGGUGUGCCAGCUGGGCGGGCUGCAGGCGCUGGCGGCGCUGGUCAGCGGCGACCAGGCGGCGCACGGCAGCAGAACUGACGACAACACCUGUCUCACCAUGAGAAAGUACGCCGGCAUGACUCUCACCAAUUUAACGUUCGGAGACGGCAAUAACAAGUCAUUGCUGUGUUCCUUCAAAGAUUUUAUGUUGGCACUCGUUGAACAACUGGAAUCCCCUAAUGAUGAUAUGCGACAAGUUACAGCUGCUGUACUAAGAAACCUGUCUUGGCGAGCAGAUACCAAUAGUAAGCAAGUAUUGAGAGAAGUUGGAGCCGUAAAGGGCCUGACCAAAGCCGCGAUGACCUGCCAAAAAGAGGCGACACUCAAGUCCGUACUAUCUGCUCUCUGGAACUUGACCGCCCACUGCUCCAUGAACAAAGUCGCUCUAUGUUCCGUCGACGGAGCCUUAGGGUUUCUCGUAGAUAUGCUCAGCUAUAACUCCCCGACAAAAACCCUAGCGAUUGUGGAGAAUGCAGGAGGUAUAAUGAGGAAUGUGUCGAGUCACAUCGCCGUCCGCGAAGAUUACAGGCAAAUUCUCCGCGAGAGAAAUUGUUUGAGUGUCUUACUGCAACACCUCAAGUCUCCCAGUCUGACAGUCGUCAGCAACUCGUGCGGCACCCUGUGGAACCUCUCGGCUCGAUGCCACCAAGACCAACAGUUCCUUUGGGACCACGGCGCCGUACCCAUGCUCAGAAGUCUUAUUCAUUCCAAACACAAAAUGAUUGCAAUGGGCUCCAGCGCAGCUCUGAAGAAUCUUCUCAAUUCGAAACCUGGCAAAUCUCACAUAAUCGCCCUAGACACUACUGCCAGAAACAUGAACUUACCCGCAUUGCCCACUCUCGGCGCUCGGAAACAAAAGGCGUUAGAACAAGAGUUGGAUCAAAAUUUGGCCGAGACCUGCGAUAACAUCGAACCGGCCACAUCCCCCUCGACUAGUAACAGAGAAGAAAAGAACCUAUUCACAGCGACAGAAAGACAGAUCGCUAUGAACUUAGAAAGACAUAGAAUGACAUCUAGUUCUCCGCUCAUGGGAAAUCUGGCGUCGCAGAUAUCCCUCAGCCACAGUGCUCACUUGGCGAGCUACCUCAGUUGCAGUAACACUCUUUUAAAAGGCGCUCUGGUGACAAGAUCGAACACAGGCAGUGCCGGCAAUGUCAAUAGGUCCGACAGUAAGGACUCCGUCACCAGCACACAUUCUGACUCCGUUUUCGAGAGGGUCACGCGCACAGGCAAGGUGCCAGUGCCCACGCCGCGGAGCAAAGACUUGAUGAGAAUGGAACCUUCAGGCGAAGCGUUUAAGGCGGCUUCGAAAACGCUACCCAAGGACAACACCUUCCUCCGGUACAAUCAACCUCCUAUACCACCACCCAGGAGUUCAACAGACAUGAGAACCAAUUACACGGAAUCUGGUUACGACGUCGACCAAGAUUCCUGCGACCAACCCAUAGAUUAUAGCAGAAAGUACUCGGAGACUAAAAACAACGAAGCCGAAACUCCUCCAACGCAAGAAAAAUCCAAGAGCUCCGACACCAAGAAGUAUAAGUCGUGCGUGGUGUCGGUGUUCGAGGAGCGCGUGUCGCGGUUCCAGGUGGAGCACACGCCGGCGCAGUUCUCCGCGCGCACCAGCCUCAGCAGCCUCACCAUCGACGAUGAACCCAAGCAGUCUCUCCUGAUGGUAAAGCCCACAGAGUCGAGUCAUGAAAUUCAGCCUCUGCCAGCCGUCUCAGAACUACACAAUGACGCCAUUAAAGGCACACAAACUCCCGGAGACACGUGUAAAGUGUACUUCACUGAGGACACGCCCGCCAUCUUGUCUAAAGCUGGCAGCAAUUCCAACCUCUCUGUCCUCUCUAUAGACUCCUCGCCCCCCGCGCCCUGCGCACCCCCCACACUACCGCUCCCCGUGCUACCGCUCCCUACUCUGGCCCCGCCCCCCGCCGCGCACGACACGCCCCCUGAACAAGAUGUCUCCGAACAACACCAUCAUGAUACCUCAGAUAGUUCCAAUUUAAGUGACGCUGGUGAUUUGUUGGAAGAAUGCAUACAGAAGGGAAUUGCGCAGGUUGUUAAGAUCAAGGGUCCACAAUCUGAAGUCCCGUCUGUCAACCCAUUCAACGCCAGAGAUGAUGUCUACAGGUCGCUGCCGCCCUACCUGCGCUCCUCCACCGAGACUGUCAAGAUCGAUUUAGAUGCAGAUAUACAACGGACAAGCCAGAUUGCUAAAUGA